AUGUCUCAAAGUUCGAAAGAGAAAGACCCGGCUUGGCGAUAUGGCGAGAGAGUUAAUGAGAAGAAUACAACUGUUGUAUGCAAGUUUUGCAACAAGAUUACAACGGGUAGAAUUUAUCGCUUUAAAUACCAUUUAAUUGGUGGCGAUAGAAACGUCACAAGUUGUCCGAAAUGUCCACCGGAGGUGAGGGAAGAAAUAAAGAAUUUUGUUGAGAAGAAGAAGGAGCAAAAAAAUCAAAUGGUUCAUCAACCAAUGGUGACCAAUCUUGAUGAUGAUGAUAUUGAAGAAUUGUCACUUCCAACAAAACGGGGAAGAGAUGGGUCAAGCCAUGGAUCAUCGACUAAAGGUCUUAUAGAUUGCUACUUCUCAAAGAAGCCAGGAGCAAAGGGCGGUGGAAAAGAU